AUGAACAUCGCAAGGAGGAGAGGCUUCUACAGACAGGAGGUGAACAAAACCCUCUGGGAGCUGCCCAGGAGAUACACCGAUCUGCACCCGCUGGGCUCCGGAGCCUAUGGCUCGGUGUGCUCAGCCAUAGACAAGAAGACAGGGGAGAAAGUGGCUAUCAAGAAGCUGUGCCGCCCCUUCCAGUCGGAGAUCUUCGCCAAGAGAGCAUACCGAGAGCUCAUGCUGCUCAAGCACAUGCAGCAUGAGAACGUCAUUGGACUUCUUGAUGUCUUCACCUCUGCCCCCUCCUACCACGGCUUCCAGGACUUCUACCUGGUGAUGCCAUACAUGCGGACAGAUUUACAAAAGAUCAUGGGACAUGAAUUCAGUGAUGAAAAGAUCCAGUACCUGGUCUACCAAAUGCUGAAAGGGCUGAAGUACAUUCAUUCAGCUGGCAUUGUCCACAGGGACCUGAAGCCAGGCAACCUGGCUGUGAAUGAAGACUGCCAGCUAAAGAUCUUGGAUUUUGGCUUGGCCAGACACGCAGAGGCGGAGAUGACCGGCUACGUGGUGACGCGCUGGUACCGAGCCCCGGAGGUCAUCCUCAGCUGGAUGCACUACAACCAGACAGUGGAUAUCUGGUCUAUUGGCUGCAUCAUGGCAGAGAUGCUGACUGGGAAAACGCUGUUUAAAGGAAAAGAUUACCUGGACCAACUGACUCAGAUCCUCAAAGUCACAGGGCACCCAGCAGAGGACUUUGUGGAGAAGCUGGAGGACAAAGCGGCUAAGAGUUAUAUCAAGUCCCUUCCUAAAAUCCCCAAGAUGGAUUUGUCUGUGCUUUUCCCCAAAGCCAAUCCUCAAGCAGUGGACCUGCUUGACAAGAUGUUGCAGCUCGACGUGGAGAAGCGCCUGACAGCGACGGAGGCCUUGGCUCACCCCUACUUCGACCAGUUCCGAGACAUCGAGGAGGAGACAGAAGCCCAACACUCCUAUGAUGAUUCCCUGGAGCAUGCAAAGCUUUCAAUAGAUGAGUGGAGAAAGCACAUUUACAAGGAGAUCUUGUCCUUCAGCCCCAUUGCACGCAAGGACUCCAAGAAGCGGAGUGGGAUGUCACUAUAGUGGCUGCUGUGGCUGUGGCUGGGAUGGAUCCACUGCUCCUGACUGGAUUUACUCCACACUGCCUCUCUGGUGGCCAUGGGUUGGC